AUGUUACUGUUUAAAAAUAAUAGUUAUUCUGCUUAUCUAUUUCGACGUUUAUUAUCUUCAUGCCAGAAAAACGAUAACAAAUUUUCGCUUUUAUCAUCUACAAAAUUAAACGUCUUAUUUCUAAUAACAUGUCAGUCAGAGAAAGUGUUUGAUUUAUUUGAUGAAAUCACGAUUAAACUUGAUAGUUUUACUCUUACUGUUUUAUUUAAUACACGUUCUCGCGUUGCCAAUGAUCGAGCAAUGAAAAUAGGAAAAAAACUCCAUGAUCAAGUACCCAAUAAUUAUCGUAAUAAUAAUGUUGUAUUGGCUUCAUCAAAAAACAAGGGUAUUAUUACAUAUGGUGCCAUGAUGAAUGGCUACAAUAUGAAUGAUGAACCAUGGAAAUGUGUGAAGAUUUUCAAUGAAAUGAAACAACAAAAUAUUGCUUCAAAUGAGAUUGUCUGGAAUUUACUUAUAGGUGCAUGCUCAAAAAUAGGUAUGAUUCGACAAUGUCAAAAUAUUGUUGAUCAAAUUCCUUUGGAUAUGCAAAAUUAA